CUGUGUUGCAGUGUGAUGGAUACAUUGACAUCUUCUUUAGAAGAAAACAUAACUUGAGCGUCCCACCGUCAUCUAAUGAAGCGCGUAGAUACAGAGUACAGAAGGCGCAAAAGCUUGGUUGGGUUAUGUUUUGAAAUUUCAGUGAAUAGUGACAUAUUUGUGACUGUCUAAGGCAUACUUAGAAAUUAUCAUUGUAUGAUAUGUAUGAUUUAAGCACAUUUUGGUUUUCCGCCUGUGCAGUUGGGGAGUGCAUUGUUUAUAUUUCUCGCUGAGGUCGAAUGCCCGUUUUUUAAUAAUAAUAAAGUAUUUUUGCGAUUCCGAAUUCUUGUACAACCUUCGUCAUGUCAGAUGACAGUAAUGAACGGCCUUCUUGUCGCUUUGAAGAGUCAAAUCGUUCAUCGGACGACAGCUCCAUGUCGUUGUGGACGAAAGCUCAGCAACUACAAGGCGAUGCGCUCCUCCAGGUGCGCGCCGUUUAUGGAGAACACUUUCCAAUUGAAGUUCGACAUUUUUUGGCAGCAUGGUUAGAAGAGAAAAUGUGUUUUUUUUCUAGGACUGACAUAGACCCAGAAAAUCCCCAACAUGAGCAAUAUGUUGCCAGCCUUGUCAGUUCACUUAUUCAAGAACUGGAAAUGAAAGCAAACAGUAUGACUACAGAAGAGCUGUUUCUCACAAAACUAAAGUUAAUGGAGGCUGCAAAUACAUUUAGAGAGAGAUACAUGCAUAACCCCCGAAGGUUGUUUGAAAUAAUUCGAAAUUGUCUCAACACCGAAAUGAAGUUGGUGCAACAGGCUAGCCUGGGCCGGGACUUGAUAAUGCCAUGUUUGCCAUUUACCCCAGAUCUUAAUACUGAAAUUGCUCAGCAGCUGGAUUAUUUGAGGAGACAGACCCAUGAAACAGGAGAAGAUCUGAGGAGGAUUGAGCAGGAGCAGGAAGCUUUUGCCCUGCAGUAUCAUGAAUGCACGAAAGUAAAUGCGCACUUACAACACAUACAAACACAGCAGAGAACUCCACAGAUAAUUGAAAUGGAGAAAAAGUUAAUGAAGCACAAAGAAACACUAGAGCAGUUACUAAAUCAGAAGGUGGCAUCAAUGAUGCAACUAAGACUGACAUUUGUAGAUAAAUUGAAGGACACGAUAGAAAGUCACCUAACAAAAAUGCAAUCUAGAGUUCUGGAUGAAGAACUAAUUCGAUGGAAAAGGGAGCAGCAGCUUCAAGGAAAUGGGGCACAUUUUAACAAUAACUUAGACAGCAUACAGGAGUGGUGUGAAAGUCUUGCUGAAAUUAUUUGGAUGAAUAGGCAACAAAUAAAAGAAGCCGACAGGUUAAAGCAGAAGUUUGACUUUGAUCCACCUGUGGUUUCUGAGAGACUGCUUCAUCUGAACACAGUCAUUACACAGCUUUUAUCAUCUUUAGUCACAAGCACAUUCAUAAUAGAGAAACAACCACCACAAGUUAUGAAGACAAACACACGUUUUACUUCUACAGUAAGGCUCCUUGUUGGAGGAAAGCUGAAUGUCCAUAUGACCCCACCUCAGGUGAGGGUGACAAUAAUAAGUGAAGCACAAGCCAAUGCACUUUUAAAAAGUGAUAAAGUUUCAAAAGGUGAUGCUAGUGGUGAAAUUCUGAACAACACUGGUACCAUGGAGUACCAUCAGGCUACGAGACAACUUUCUGUCAGCUUCAGAAAUAUGCAGCUUAAAAAAAUAAAACGUGCGGAGAAGAAAGGUACAGAAUCUGUAAUGGAUGAAAAGUUCUCAUUGCUUUUCCAGUCACAGUUCUCAGUUGGUGGUGGAGAGCUUGUAUUCCAGGUGUGGACUCUUUCCCUACCUGUUGUUGUCAUUGUUCACGGUAAUCAAGAACCUCAUGCACAUGCUACUGUUACUUGGGACAAUGCUUUUGCUGAACCCGGAAGAAUACCAUUUGCAGUACCAGAUAAAGUGCCGUGGUCAAAAGUUUCAGAUGCUCUCAAUAUGAAAUUCAAAGCAGCUACAGGGCGUUUUUUGACAGAAGAGAAUCUCAGAUUUCUUGCAGAAAAAGCCUUCAGGAAUCCCCAAGUGGCAGACUACAGUGGUAUGCUGCUUAGUUGGUCACAGUUCUGCAAGGAACCACUUCCAGACAGAAACUUCACUUUUUGGGAAUGGUUCUUCGCUGUGAUGAAACUAACAAAGGAACAUUUAAGAGGCCCAUGGAUGGAUGAAACUAUAUUAGGUUUUAUUCGGAAAAGACAAGCAGAAGAAAUGCUUGCUGGACGUCCCAGUGGCACCUUCCUUUUACGCUUCUCAGACUCAGAACUUGGGGGCGUAACAAUUGCUUGGGUUGCAGAUCAAAAUGAUGUCUUUAUGCUACAACCCUUCACCAGCAAAGACUUUGCAAUACGCAGUCUCGCAGAUAGAAUUUCUGAUUUGCAGCAUCUUGUAUAUUUGUAUCCUGACAUUCCUAAGGACCAGGCAUUUGGAAAAUAUUACACACCUUUUACAGAGAACCAACAACAGUCAAUUAAUGGAUAUGUGAAACCUCUAUUGGUGACUCAUGUCCCUGGUUGGGGUGGACCUGGUUCUGUAGGCAGCUACCCAGCAACACCACAGAUGUACCCACAUUCUCCAGACCCCAGCAUCCCCCGAGAUACACCAUCAGUUGCCAGUGCUACCAGUGAGUCAGUCAGUAGCUACCCUGGGGUUUCGAGUGGUGGUGAUGUCGACUAUGAUACAAUGGCAUACAUGGAUCUCAGUAGUAUUGAUGAUGUCGCCUUCGACUUGAAUAACCUGAACUUGCCUGAACUGAUGCGGUCAUUAAGACAGUGAAGAUACUGGAUAAGGUAUGGAGCCAGGCAUAUAUAUGAAAUUAGUCAUUUGGUAGCCUUUUGACAGCUUCAUUAACUUUAAUACUAUCAGCUUGUUGCACCUGGUCCUAUUAUUUGAUACUUUCAUCUUAUGAUAGUUUUUUUUUUUUUUAAUAAGACUGUUACUCCUAGGUUAACACCAUAGCUGGUAUUUGUGCUUUUUGAAAUAUAUUUUUGUGUUGUAAGUGGUGUAAUGCCUAGGAAAUGGUGCAAACUAAUGGACUGUGGAUUGUUAACAUUACAUAGCCUUUGAUAAAAUAUGGACAAGUUGGAAAGUGUAUGUGGUGUUUUAUGCGUGAAAAUUUAGUGCUCUAGAUGUUCUCACAUUUGCAUUAUAUUGAUGACAAGGAAGCUUUAUUGCCAAAUCUCCUUUACAAGCAUCUUUGUGUAAAAGAACUUAAGUCAAAACAUAAGAGUUUUUCCUUGUCAGAAGAAUGUUUUUGUGCACAAAAGUGAGAAAGUAUAUUUUUAAUUGAUUAUUAAGGGUCGUAUGAAAGGAAACUGUAAAUCGUGAAUAAGUUGUUGUUAUUAUUACAUACAAACCUGGUGACUGCCAAAAUACUUCUGUAAAUAUGAUGUUUUAUUGUUGAUGGUGUAAUUGGAAAUAGGUCAAGUAUUAAUCUUUUGUUGUAUUACACAGCUACUUCAAUUUAUAACUUAUUGUAGAAAUUUUAAUGUUUAUAUGUGCCAUAAAAUUACCUGUAUUUGCUGUUAAUGAUCACUGUUAGAGUGAUGUGAAGGGAUAUUUACCUUGCUGUGAUUUCUUAUGUGUUAUAUCAGUUGUGGAAGUUUCAUAGUUUAUUAAUGAAUGUUUGUUGACAUUGGAUGUGAAGAGUGACACGCUGACAAUCAUGUAAACUGAAAGAACAGUAAUGGAUUGUUUGUGGCUGUGACUAACGUAGAUAAGUGAUAGAACCCAUUUUAAACAGAAUUUAGAGUUUGGAUCAUAUCAAACAAUGCAAAUAGAAAGAGUUCAUGGAAACACCUCUUUAGUUGUAGGGUAAAAGAAAAAUUUAAAUUUAAGCCUGCUUGACUCUUUAGUCACUGUAGGUACAACAUACCUUUGUCAGUACAGUUCAUCAAAUUAUGUACUAAUCAACAUGCAUUUAGACAAAUAGCAAUUAUCAUACAAGUCUUUCUAUUGCCCAUAUUCAUUUCAUGUUAGCUUUGUAUACUCUUCAUGCUGAAUGGAACUGAGUUGAAUAUGGGCAAAGAUAAUGGCACUGAACUACUUCACCAUGGCUCACGCCAUUCAAGCACUUGUAAUGAAACACUGAAAUUUUUAAUGCCAGUACCAGUAUAUUUUUACAUCAGGUAAGAGUUCAGUUCGACAGUUGAAACAAGAUCUACUAUAUUUAGAUUACUGUAUGUUAUUGUGCUAAUCUAAUAUACAAAAUGCCAUAUUGGUAAUAAUGAUUUUGACUGUUGUUAUGUCGACAUUGAGCAUGACUUUAUGUAAACUGCACUUUUGCUGUUUAUAGAUUCUAUAAAAUUUGUAAAAUAUGAAGUCACGCUACAGUACACACAAGAUGACAAGUAAAGAUGUAGGUGUUUUUUCCCCCACAUGAUAAGAGAACAUGUUGCAAAGCUAUAGCAACAUACUGGAUAAAAGUUAUGUAGGUAAUAUUAUUUCUUGUGAGGUUAGAUGUUGGAUAGGUGUACAUUCCUGAUUAUAGUGUGUAUUAUACCUUUCACAUUUAAAAUAUGUUCAAAAACCUUUCAGUGUGAAAUUUUUGCUAUUUUUUUUUUUUU